GAAAAGGGGCGCACACCAAAGUGUUAAUUCAGCCGUGCACGAUAGCCCCUCCAUUUGUCCAUGGCCACGUCAUCGUAGUGCCACCUCUUCCUAUUCCCUGCGCCUUCGCCCCCCUUACAAAACUUCAGCCGAGACAGACAACUCAGAAUUAGCAACGUUAAUAAUCUGAAUUCUUUUUUUUUUUUUUUAAAUUCGAAAUAGCCCUUGCGGAAUUCAAUUUUAUUUCCAAUUCCGGCAUUUCGACAUGGCGCCGUCGUCAAUUCCGGCGUCCCAUGGAAUCCAGCUGCAGCUCCGCGCCGCUGAGCCGAGGAGGAGGCAGAAAUACCGGUCGAUUAAGGAGAUCAUGAGGGUGGCCAAACGUGUGGUGCUGUUGGAGAGUGACGAUGGCGGCGACGGCGGAGAUUACUACAGCCGGGUGGCCUGCGAGCAAUGCGGCUCCGGCGAGCUAGCCGACGAGCUGCUUUUGUGCGAUAGGUGUGACAGAGGCUUCCACAUGCUCUGCGUCCGCCCAAUCGUGGCCCGAGUUCCAAUCGGGCCGUGGUUCUGCCCGGCCUGCUCCGAUAACAAAAUUCGCCCAAUCAAAAGUUUUUCGCAGAAGAAAAUUGUCGAUUUUUUCAGGAUUCAGAAAUCCGAGGAAGUUGAUGGGAAAUGCGCCUCUCUUCAGGAAGUUAACAAAAAACGGCGCAGACGUGCGAGUACGUUAGUAUUCCACAAGAAGCGCAGGAGAUUGUUAGCAUACGUCCCGUUGGAAGAUCCAGGAAGAAGGCUUGUACAGAUGGCGUCUCUCGCCUCGGCUUUGACAGCUCAGCGCAUGGAAUUUAGCAAUCAACUUACUUACAUGCCUAACAUGGCUCCUCUUUCAGCUAAUCAAGCCAUUUUUGAAAACGGUGGCAUGCAGGUGCUUUCGAAAGAAGAUACUGAGACUUUGGAGCUGUGUAGGGCUAUGCAAACGAGAGGCGAAUAUCCGCCGCUUAUCGUCACCUUUGAUUCGUGUGAAGGAUAUACGGUAGAAGCUGAUGGUCCGAUAAAAGACAUGACGCUAAUUGCGGAAUAUACAGGCGAUGUGGACUAUAUCAAAAAUCGGGAACAAGAUGACUGCGACAGUUUGAUGACCCUUCUUCUAACAGCUGAUCUUUCUGACAGUCUUAUCGUCUGCCCAGACAAGCGUGGAAACAUUGCUCGUUUUAUUAGCGGCAUAAACAAUCAUACACUGGAAGGGCGGAAGAAGCAGAACGUGAAAUGCGUGAGAUAUAAUGUUGGUGGUGCAUGUCAUGUGCUUUUGGUUGCGACGCGCGAUAUUUCCAAGGGGGAAAGGCUCUACUAUGAUUAUAAUGGAUACGAGCACGAAUAUCCCACCCACAAUUUCGUCUGACUCCAAUACUUGAAACCCAUAAUUUUGUCCGAGUCUUGUGGCAGAAAUCUUUCCGUGACUUGUCCAAAGAGUCGCACAUUUCAUUUUCGUUUACACCCCUCCUGAUAGCAGUUGAGGAACCAUUUUUUCUUUUCUUUUUUCAAAAAUUAAUUUUAUCAUGCCCCCCUAGCCAUUUAAGGAGCAUUAAGAAUUACAUAGUUGGAUUUUCUUUACAGUAGAAUAUUUAACUAGUGCACUUUUUUUAUUUUUUAUUUUUAUUUUUUAUUUUUAUUAUUUUUUUUUUUAAUUUUUAUGUUAAGCUAUUACAAUAGCCUGCAUUAAUUUAAUGCCAGACCACAGUAUAUCUUGAUAUUUGGAUUACAGCUUGAAAGUUUAAGGAAAUUUGUUUUUAUGCAUACUUCAGUUUAUGAGGUGUAUGAA